AUGUCACUUUCACAUGCUGUAUUUCCAGGAGAGCACGUAUUCAAAGUUUCUUCCACUUCAGUUUCAGAAUUUGAACCUUUUAAAAUUGAUGAUACUAAUUCCGAUCUUACAAAGAUUGCUGAUGCUAUUUAUCAAAAAGUGGUUCAUUUACCAAAUAUCAAUGUUGUAAAAGUAAUUUCUGGUCGUCAUCACACUCAUCUCAUCACAUUCGAAGGAAGAAUUUUGAGUUUUGGAACAAAUGGUAAUGGUGAAUUAUGUUGUGGAGUAUCUGGAGCAUUAGGUGGUUCUCCAAUUAGAGGUCUCAUUAGAGCUGAAGGUGUUAUCAAUGAAUAUAAAAUAAUUGACGGAGCUGGAGGUGGAUAUCACAGUAUUUUCAUUUCAAUUGAUGGUUCAGUAUUUGUAAAUGGAUCUAAUUCAGCUAAUCAAUUGGGAAUUUCAGAUACUGAAUCUCAAAAGAAACCAGUUAAACUUCCAAGUGAUUAUUUUGAUGGUCAACCUAUUUGUAAAGUAGGAGCUAACAAUACUCAUUCUGUAUUUAUUACAAGAAAUUCUCAAGUUUAUGUUGCAGGAUCUGAUUCUAAUGGAUGUUGUGCAGGUAUUAAAAGUAGUUCAGUACCUUUAUUAUUGAAAUUUCCAAUACAAUUUACACCAAUUGAUGUCAGUUGUGGUUAUGAUGAUACUAAAUUUCUAACAAGUCAAGGUGAUUAUGACAUUUAUAUUACAAAGGAAUUUAAUCCAAAAACUAAAGGAUUUGGAUUUAUUAGAAAGUUGGAUGGAACUGAUUUGACUGGUGAAUUUAACUUUAAUGAUUUGGUUGAACAAGUUGGAAUUUCAUCUCAAAGAAAUCAUUUUAUUAUUCAUACUUAUAGAGAUGAUUAUAAUCCAAUUCAUGAACAUUUCAUAUUCUUUAUUAAAUUAAUUGGAAAUGACAGAUUACCUUUAAAUGAUAUUAAAUUUAUUUUUUAA